AUGAAAAAGGAAGGGAUAUGGUAUAGUUCAGAUAUCAUCCUCAUCAUACGACACAAUAAAUCAUCCAGUGGUAACGAAGCUGAUGGGACUGAUCGCACUCGACACUCAUUCUAUGGGAAACCGGAAGCUCGGGAGACUUCAAGGGUAUUCAUAACAAACCUUAAAGGGUCUGAGACUUCUAACAGUCCUUGCAUGAGGCCAGGCUGUCGGUCCGCUGAGUUAGAAGUAACUCCAGAAAGUUACCGUAUGGCUCCUGAAGAGUCCAAAAGAGACCCCAGCUGCUUGUUCUGUUCCUCGAUUUCGACGAAAAUUGGAAAGGCUAACUAUACGUCACCGACAAUAGAUGGACAUGUAGACCUAGGAUAG